AUGUGCAAAGCUGCCUGUCUAGUGAUCCUUGGAUUGUUUGCAGUGGGUACGGCCGUGCCUUCGGCUUAUGAUACUAGGCAUGUUUGGGUGAAUGGCAAUCUUUCUUAUCCUUUUCCAAGCAUCGUUGGCGGCUUCGAUCCCUAUGGCUAUAAAAUCUACAUAGGCCGUGUAAUUUACGCAGCCAGUGUGCUGCCUGCACGCAUUGUGGCUGAGACUGGUACCGCUCACUUCAACACCGAGAGAAUUAGCAAUAAAGCAGUGAUCGGCUAUCAAUUGCUUAGCACCCAGCCUGAUAUGGAUUACUAUUGGGUGCGUAGUUUCGAUGGCUUCCUGGAGGAUAGUGCCAUUUCGGUUGGCACUACACAGUACAAUGAGCCCGUUUACAUCUGCCGUGCCAAGGCUGAUGGUGGUCUGAUCUUUGGUACCCUGCUGCUAAAUAGAAAGAUGUGCAUAAUCAAGAACGAUGACUUGCCUUUGCGCCAGUAUGACAAGUACGAAGUGCUGGUUGCCAAGACAAAGAUUAGCAGAGCUAUCUUUAAUUAGCUUACAAUUCAAUUAACUUUAAUUUAUAUGAACUGAGAGAGAAUACAAAAGCUGAUAUCGACGCAUUUCCGCAAAAGUAUGUUAUGUCUGAAAACCAAAUUUUACA